AUGUGCUGCUGUGGCAGAUACUAUGGAGGCCUGGGCUAUGGCUAUGGGGGCCUGGGCUAUGGCUAUGGUGGCCUAGGCUAUGGCUAUGGCAGUGGCUAUGGCUGUGGUUAUGGCUGUGGCUGUGGUGGCUAUGGUGGCUAUGGUGGCUAUGGUUAUGGCUGCUGCCGUCCACUGUGCUAUAGAAGAUGCUGGUCUUAUGGCUUCUAUUGA